CGUGUUCGUCGUGAAUUCGAGAGCGUGUCGUGGCUGCUACUUUCUUAGAGUUCUCCUCCCGUCACCAUGCCUUUGUUCCACGUCUGCACGCUCUUUUUAUUAUUUUUUAUUGCUCUAGCAACUGCUGCAGACCUUUAUAAAGUCCUCGAUUUACACAGAUCUGCAUCGGACAAGGACAUUAGAUAUGCAUACAAGAAACUGAGUCGGAAGUAUCAUCCGGACAAGAACAAAGACCCCGAAGCCGCAGACAAAUUUGUAGAGGUUGCACACGCUUACGAAGUGCUGUCAGACCCAACCAAACGGCAAAUAUACGAUCGACAUGGGGAGGAAGGUCUCAAAGCCCACGAAGGUGGACAACAACACUACGCGAAUCCUUUCGAUAUAUUCUCCAACUUCUUUGGACAAUCGGCACACCAGACUCGCCGUGGUCCAACGUCCGUCACAGAGUUCGAAGUUGAGCUCGCUGAUAUGUACAAAGGAGCAAGCAUAGACUUCAUGGUGAAGAAACGUAUACUCUGUGAUCACUGCCGAGGGUCAGGAGCAGCCUCGGACGGCGAUAUUCAUACAUGUUCCGGGUGCGGAGGAUCCGGAAUGAAGUUGGUCAAACAACAAAUCUUCCCCGGAAUGUUUGCUCAAACCCAAACGUCCUGCAACGAGUGCGGUGGGAAGGGGAAAGUCAUUGUAAAGAAGUGCCCACAUUGUGGGGGCGAGAAGGUGGUCGACCACACUGCUCAUUAUACCCUAGAAGUUACGGCCGGAAUGCCUGAAGGACACGAAGUCGUUUUGGAAGGAGAGGGAGACGAGAAUCCGGAUUGGGAAGCUGGAGAUGUUGUACUCCGAGUUAGGAGCAAGAGGGAUAGAGGCGGGUGGAGGAGGAAGGAAAGUAGCCUCUACUGGCGAGAGACGAUUGGAAUCGACGAGGCGUUACUAGGAUUCGACAGAAAUUUGACACAUUUAGAUGGACACGUUGUUAGACUGACUCGGAUAGGCGUGACACAGCCAGGUUUUGUACAGACUAUUGAAGGAGAAGGAAUGCCCCUACAUGAGAACCACAAUCUUCAUGGCGAUCUGUAUGUCGAAUACAACGUGGUUUUACCCAGUCAUAUUUCGCCGCACACCAGACGCAAACUGACAGAAGCAUUUCAAUCAUCCGAUUUUCGCCACGACGAGCUGUAAUGACACUACUGUCUAUACUUACCAUCAUUUGUUGUGAGGCGAUACCUCUAUUCUUUGAUUUUGUGGGAAUGUCUUGUGAGGCUGAAAGUCGGUACCUUUGUGGGACAAUACAGGAAACUCACUGUUUUGACAUAACCAGAAGA